AUGUCUAAGAAGGGCUAUCAUUGCCCAUUUGUAACUUGCCCAUUCAUAGGCCUUCCUGCUGCCCUCUACAUGCAUAUCCUCACCCACAUCGAUAUCAAACCUCUCUACGGUGACAUGCCUGCUCAUGGCAUCACCCCGCAAAAGAGGCCACUGGAAGACCCCUUUUCUCCAUACCUGGACACUCUAGUUGGCGGAACACCCUCCAAUACUGCGCCUGUCGACAAACUUACUCCUCCGGCCCCCUCCUCCAGUCCUAACCCCUUUCUUGGAGACAGCGAAACCCCACUCAAGAAGUAG